GAAAACGAUUUUUCAAAGAUCGAAUCAGUUAGAGAAAAAAAAACACCAAGAUUUCGUAGCUUUGUCUAAGAGCUUGAACUCGUUCCGAGAGUAAUUACAUUUUCGUAAGAUAGCGCGCGUCGUUCCUGGCCGAGUUUCGCGUAAUGGAAUUCCAGCGUCGCGGCGAGGGAAGUCUCCAGGGGAAGAAGUUGCUCAAGCUCCCGUCGUCCUCUUCCCGUUCCCAUUCCCAUUCCCAUUCCCGUUUCCAUUCGAUUCGAUCUCCUUCUUAACGUAGUUUCCAACUAGUCGCAACGUCCUGUUUUCACGACAACGAAUCGGUACUCGUCUAUCGCUUCAACUACCCCGCGAAACGCGACCUCCGAGCAAUACGAUUUUCCUUCUUUCCCGCUAAAUUCGUAUCUAAACCUUUCUUCCUUCCUAUUUUUUUCUUUCUUUUUUUUUAUAUCUUGCCCUCUUUCCGCAAUCGUAUAUAACGACUCAGCAACGAACCGACCAUCCAGUUGCUUUCUUUUCCACGUCGUUACGGAACGAAAUUGAAUCUGAUGCUUCGAUUUUCUAUCGACGGCUAAAGCUACGUUAAUUUCUGCAUAAUUCAGUAACUAUAUAUGUACUACUGUAAAAAAAGAGAAGAGACACGAUAAGGGUUGCGAAAAUCAGACAAAUUGACUCGGCGUAAACGCUGAGUUGGAGUUGGAAAUUGAUAAAAACAGUUGGCCGUCGAGUGGAUCGAGUAAUGUUAGUGGAAAUGAUUGUUCCCUGCGGUGCGAUAAAUUAAUUCGUCUCGCGCAGAGAAAAUGUUUCGCUCGACAGGGACGUUCGAUUGGCGUUGCCAAUAACGUAUCGGAAUGCCCAUUUCCUAGGAAUACAUAUACCACGAUUUUCCUUUCCACGUAACACGUGUUUCUUAAUUAUAUCUUUGUCCAGCUUCGGGUCCGAUUCCCUUUCACUUAUGAUCGUUAACCACCGUUUUCUACACCGAUUAUUUGGCUUCAAGAGCUUCUCGGUGGCAGCGCAAAUCCCACGGUCCUACAAUUUUCCACGCGCUUUCGAUUCGUGUCACGAAAUAUUUUCACUUUUCUGCAAUAUAUGAAAUGAAGCGAAAAAUGGAGUGUCCAUUUUCAUCGUGGUAAUCUUCGAAUCAUCAGUUUCGGCUAUCCAGAAAACGAAGCUUGAUCGAGUUAGAGUUUAAGGGGUGAAGUAACAAACGUACUACACUUCCGAUUAGAGCUUCGUAAAUUACACGCUGGAAAAUGUUAAAUGAAAUUCGAUCGAAUGAACGAUUUCCACGAUUUUCCACGAUUACUUUUGCCUUGAACGGUGAAAAAGCGAGGAGGCAAGCAAAGCUCCGGGUAUCGUUAGCCCUUUAUCCUCCAAUCCGGAGGCGUGGCUGUUCGAGAUAAAACGCCCGACGAACCAACGCUUCCAAUACCCUUAAAUUUAUACACCUUUCCCGAGAACAUUUUUUUCAGUCAUCGAAUUAUACCAUUUUCUCCGCGUUUCUCGACACCGAAAUUUAUUUCAGUACUUUUUCUUCGACUUGAACGUGACAAUUUUUCUAAUCGUCAAAGCGAUUCGCGUAAUUGGUGCUUAUUAAAAUAUCGCAAGAGAAGACUAAAAAAGAAGCAAGAUCGCAUCCGUCCGCUUUCUAUAUUUACGCUGGCCGGUUCUUCUUCUUCGAUAAUAGUUUAUUUCGAGAGUUGAAAGCGCACUUUGUAUCGGUGUCACGGCGUUAUGCAAUUUAUUUCGAUGAUUCGUAUGCGCCAGUCGGCCGCGAUCAGAUUGAUCUUUGUUCGGUUUCGUGCAUCGACCGAAUCGAACGCGCAUGUAUAUCCGAGCUAGCGAGUUACGCUUUUCCGAUCACCGUGUCAAGUUCAGAAUGGAAAGAGUCGCGCGUUUCGCAACUAGUUCCUCUACCGACUUUAACCCUUUGCGGACCCCAUUUUUAACCCUUUGAUCUUUUUCAUCGUAUAUCGCACGAGCAUGACUGGCGGAAACUGACUGAUAACCGCAGUCAGAUGCCUAUUACUUUAUAAAUCAUAAACACGUGUCAUGUUUUGCAAUUGCUGCAAGUAAUUUUCUUAUUCUUCACACUCAAUUUGGUGCAAGGAUAUUGUGCAAGAAAAAGAUAACAACUGGAUCGCAUCGCACGAUUUCGAAAUUUGUCUGGCUGCUGGAUAUCGGGUUGAGAAAAUCGGAAAUAUCGUGACGAAGUGGCGAGAAGCGAGGACAGAAGAAUAUCGCAAGGGCGGUUUCCGUGUCGGCAGGCGAAUUUAAUUUACCGUCGCGUCGACACGUUCGCGGUGUCGAGCAGAAAAUGCACGAAUGAACGCCGUUGGCUCUGGCUUUUGAAGAGAAAGAAAUUGGAUCGGCGCGUGACGAUGCCGUAUGCCGGUUCUUACGUCGAUCGCAAAAAGGGAACCGGGAGAAAAAGGAUUCCAAGUAGCAGGGAGUCGGAUAGAUGAACGACAAAGAGCUAUGCGAGGAAUGGGCUCUAGCGAAUAGUCGCGAAUGCGUGGAAGGAGGAGGUUCUACGGCGAGUGCGACACACGAAGAAUCCGAGGAUGCGUCGGAAGCCAGGUUCACCCUCAAAUAUUUGGGCAGUACCCUCGUCGAGACGCCCUCGAGCGAAGAGGCCACGGCGGAAGCUAUCAAGACUGUUAUUACGAUGGCAAAAGCAAGCGGGAAAAAGUUGCAAAGAGUUUCUUUGGCUGUGAGCCUGAAGGGUAUUAGAAUGACGGACCUAGCCACGGAAGAAGAUCAGCUUCAGGUGUCUAUAUACAGAAUUUCCUACUGUUCGGCGGACGCGACCCACGACCACGUGUUCGCGUUUAUCGCGACAAAUUUGAAUGAAACGAUGGAGUGUCACGCGUUUCUCUGUCCUAAAAGAAAAAUGGCGCAAACGGUAACGCUGACGGUGGCCCAGGCCUUUAACACGGCUUACGAGGCUUGGCAGUUGUCCCAGGCCGAUCCUAGGAUUCAUCACGCUCAAGACAAAAGUCCUCCGUUAACUGACGACCGAAACGAAGAUAACGAGAAAAAGAAGAAAGAAGAGGAAGGGAAAUCCGGGGGCAUAGUUAACGAAGAAAACGGAGGCAACGUUAAACGAAGUACCACCAACGAUGUCCAGAAGACUCUACUAAUUGAUUUAUCGAACGACGCCAAACCGACCGGAAAUUCAUGGGUCUGUUUCGAGGAGGAAGACGGGAAGAAAGUGCAGAAGAAGAAUAACGCUACGAGCAUUCCCAUGACGACUUUGAGGCACAGCACGACGUCGACGUCGCACCACGUUGUACCGAGGCCGUCAACGGGUUUCAAAAUUCAAAACGCAUGGGGAGAAUCGAGAUCGGUUGAUCUAAUGUGCUCGUAGCAGGCAUAGCCCUCGGCCGAUAGCUUCCGAGACGUCCCAUUAAUCACUAGCCUCUGGAAGCACUUGUCGAACAACGGCCAACCGAAGAAGAUCAACCAUUAGACUAAUUAUUAUCACCGAACUCUGAUACCUUCUCGAUCGGUAAUCAAUCGGAUCCUUUUUCUUUUAAAAGAAAACGCGUUGCUCUACCGAUGCUUAUCUCUCUAACGAUAAGUGGCACGAGCUAAAUUCUGCGCAAAGGUACUCGUUUGAAAAUUUGCCACUGCUAUAUCUGUAAUUACCGCCUUUAUAAAGGCAACGCUAUGUCAUGGAAUCGAAGGAUAGAGAACACGUGUUACAUCCUUACGCGCGUUUCGUGAUUUCACGAUCAAUGUCGAGCGGUGCUCGAGAAAAGUGAGAGAAAUAAUAAACUCGAUGCGGAGGAGUUUCAGUUCACGGCUAAGAAGUGGGAACAAUUUUCAAAAACGUUUUGUAUAACGCGUGUAUCCGUGCCAAUUCUUUUACACACAUAUCGUACACGUAUCACGUGUAAGUUGGAUCGUACGCGCGCGAUCCCAUAAACUUUUUACUAUUUUUAACGAUCUAUAGAGACGUUUUUCCUUUAUAACGGCAAAACAAACCCAAAAUACUUUUCGAUAUCUUAUCGAAUUUUAUUCAUUGUCAAAUAGCUGGGCUAUUUUCUUUUCAAGUUUGACGUUGUUCAAUUUAUCUACACGCGGAUGGUGCAUUCGAAGCAUAGAUUUACGAUUAGACGAUAACGUAGGAUGUAUUGACCGUACUUUUGGCAUUAAUAUCGCUUCUUUCAAUGUAAUCGACAAAGAAACGCCAUUGAUACCAUUUGUUUUUUCCUUAGAGUGAAAAAAAAAAAAAAUAUAUAUAGAUUUCUUUUGAUAUAUUCAUAAAUAGAUCUUUAUCGAAUUAACAAAAUAGCGAAAUUUCGUGUUAGGAAAAUCUGUUGAUGUGUACGUCAUGAAUAUGUAUACCCAUGUAGCCAUCAAAUAUUUCUGUUGCGUGUAAAGUACGUGAUUUAAACGUUGCGAUUUACGAUAUAACCACGAUACGUUUAUUUACAACGAUAACGCGAUAAUUUACUCGCGUGUUCAAUUACUAAAUUAAAAACGAUGUUUUCAAUUUUGUACUUUUAACUCGUUGACGUUCUUAUGUCGUUCCUCUUCUGCUCAACAUUUGUUAAAAAUACUAUUUUCUCGUUCGUAGUUAGUUAUUUCAGUAGAAAGUUUAGAAUCUUUUGAUCGUCGCUUCGUUGAUGAGAACUAACAAUAAUUUGAUAUGGUCCAUCAUUGUACGAUUGGGAUGAUGCAUUUCCGCGAAACAUACUUCAAUGUUAGAAUAUAAGAAGUACACAUGAAAUACACAUAUACAUAUC